ACAUCGAUGAAAUAAAUAAAUCGACGCAUUGUGAUGAAUAAAUUGAAUAAUACAUUGUGGUGUUUUGAAUAAAAAAAAUCAAAAUACUUUAGCAUUUAAUAAUUGUAACACAAUUAAGCCGGACACAAAUCGUAACAAUUUGUUUGAAUGUGAACGAAGAAAAAAAAACAUUUUUUUCCGCCAAAUAAAAAAAAGUGAAUUAGCGGUGAUCACAACAUAAACUUGAACAGUGGCGCGAAUAGAUAUUCGCGAGCAAAAAACAUUCAUAUUUUUAUGUGCGUUCAGCGAGAAACCGAGAGCAGAAACAAAAAAAAAACUGAAAAUUUCACAAUAAAAAAAGAACAACUGGCGAGGUUAUCUUAUGAGGCGCGUCUAUAAUUUUUUUUCUGGUCGCGUCUAAAAAUAUCCGCGUUUCUAUGAAUCGACAUUAGCAGCGGUGGCUUAACAGCGUGCACGAAUAUAUAACAAAAAAUCAUUGACUAAGAUUUCAUUUUCUCGACCAACAUUUUUUUUAAAAGCAUUCCUUUUGCUCAUUCUGAAGAUUGAUAUGAAAUGUUUAUAUACCUGCAAAUUGUUUCUAUUUUGAAAUAAGUGCACCAAAUUUUUCCUCGUCAAACAAAAAAAUAUUUUUGAAAUUAGUUCGGUUCACGCAAAUUCAUCGAAUGACUUUUGAAGUACUUUUUAUAUAAAACGAAAAAGAAACAUUUUAUUCGCUCAUUGAUUAUUCCGAAUGGUCGAAUUUUACGCUCAUUAAUUGUGCAAAACAUUCUUGAAAACUAUUUUAUUUUAUUUUAUUUUAUUUGGUGCGUGUUAUAAACUCCAUUGUUUGAGAGAACUUGAUAAAGAAAGCAACAAAAAAAAAUCGUGUGACAUUCGAUAGAACUUUUUUUUUCAUACAAAAGAAAUAAACACAUGAUAUAGAGUGCCUUUUCAUCUGAACUAUAUCCGAACACAUAUUUUUUUCGGAUUUCAUGAACAAUAACUGAAUCACGUGUUAAUUACCGUCAAAUGGUAAGAAUAAUCGCGAAAAAGUGACAAUAUUUUGGAGCGAUUUUUAUUUUGUCCGGUGAUAAAUCUUAAAUCUUUUGAACAAAAUUCGAGUGAAGCGAAAGCAACGCGCAAAGAAAAAAAGCAAACAAACCGAGAACAAACGAUUUUUGAAAGAGUUUUAGUUGGUCGUUAAACUGGAGGGUCGUACAAUUGAAUAUAAGCCGCCCGGUUUUGGGCUCGAUCAUCAUCAUAGCUCACCUCUGAUGGCGGAAAUACCUGGAGACUACAGUCACAUCCAUCGAUCGAUCGAUCAGCUGCGUUCGAUGAACGAACGUGGCGUUCUACAAUUGGGAACGAUGGGCACCGACAUUCGUGCAUCAUUGAUGCACGACUAUAAACCAUUUAUUAGCGAUUUACGAAAUCAUGGAAUUGAUCGGUUGGACUACAAUAAAUUGGCAAAUGGCAUCGAUUUAGUUGGACGCGUCAACAAUGAUGUGAACAACAGUAAUAACAAUAACAACAAUAAUAAUAACAACACAAAUGCACGAAACAAUGUUGACAUUGGACGACACGACCAACAUCAAUCUCAUCAACAAGAUCAAAAAGCAUACAGCUCACCAUCGACACCGCCAACACCGCUCUCAAACAAUGAUGCACAAAUGACUGAAACUAAGUUAUUCAACAAUUCAAAGGGCAAUGGUGGCGGAAACGGUGGCAGCGGCGGUGGCGCCGGUGAACAUCAUUUAAACUCACAACUUCAGAUGCGCGAAGCGAAACCAUACAAAUGUACACAAUGCUCGAAAGCAUUUGCAAAUUCCAGCUAUUUGUCACAACAUACCCGCAUUCAUUUAGGGAUUAAGCCAUAUCGUUGUGAAAUUUGCCAACGAAAAUUCACACAAUUAUCACAUUUGCAACAGCAUAUUCGAACUCAUACCGGUGACAAACCGUACAAAUGCCGUCAUCCGGGCUGUCAAAAGGCAUUCUCACAAUUGUCGAAUUUACAAUCGCAUUCACGUUGCCAUCAGACUGACAAACCGUUCAAAUGUAAUUCAUGCUAUAAAUGCUUUACCGAUGAGACCGCAUUACUCGAACACAUACCAAAGCACAAAGAAUCGAAACACCUAAAAACGCACAUUUGUCAGUAUUGUGGUAAAUCGUAUACGCAAGAAACCUAUUUGUCAAAACAUAUGCAAAAGCAUGCCGAACGACCGGACAAACGGCCGUCAAUUCCAUCCGGUUUGAAUUUGACCGCAAUGAAUCGCAAUUUAAAUAUCUCAACAAAUGGUCCAAUCAGUGCUGAGCAUCCGUAUUGGCCAAAGGUGAGCCCCGAUUCGGCAGCCAAUUUGGCAGAGGCAAUGCAACAACAACAACAGCAACAACAACAACAAAAUCAAUACGAUUUUACACUGCAACAGAAUAACAGCGAUCAUUUACAAAAUCAGCAUCGAGCUUUAAUCAAUGAUCAUCACAGGUUAAAUGGUUCGACGGCAAAUGGUACAUCGAAUACAAACGAUGAUAAUGGUGAAGAUUUAGUUAUUUCACGUCAAAAUGCAACCAAUUUGGCACAGCAUUUAGUUGCACAAAAUGUGGCUGCAGCUGUGGCGGCCGCAUCAUCGGUAGCACCAAGUUAUGCCGAUGCAGCUUCAAUCACAAAAACCACCUCAGCAUCAGCUUUUACACCGAUAAAUGCAAUGCAUUUGAACACCCUCGGUCAUCAUCCGGUCAUGGCACAACGACCAUAUCUCUACGAUUUCCAAAAUAAAAAUGUUCAACAAAAUGUCAACAAUUCAUUCCCGAACAAUUUGAUUUCGCUGCACAACAUCCGAAACUAUGCACAUCAACCGACCGGACCCGGCGGUAUGAUACCCGGCGAACAUUUGCUCGGCAUCGGUGUUGGAUCUGGUGUCAAAGACAAGGGACAAUAAAUGACACAACAAUGGCAUAAAAAGUAAAUAAAAUCGAUUCAAAGAUGAAAAUGAAAAUAAUUAUGCCAUUUUGCAAGACAUUAUGAAAUGCAUUUCUUUUUUUACUUUGAUUUUGAUUUCAUCGAUUUAUGCGACAUAUUCAGAUAGAUCGUCAAUCGAUUUGCCGUACACAAUAUUACAAUAAUGUAUGAUACAGGUUAAGAUCUCACACACACACAGACACACACACACAAUGUGAAAUGUAAAUUUGUAUUUAAAACUCACACACACAGUAAACAUUUUUUUUUUUUUUUUGAAAUCAAAUACGAAUACCGAAUUGAAAAAUCUAAAUGAUGUGAAUUGAAAUAAUAGAUGGUCUCGGGACACCGCGAACGUUCGAAUAGACUUGAACAUCAUUGUUCAAUGGAAGAAAUAAAGUGUAAAAUCAACCGAGGGGUAGUUUGUACCAUAAAUAUUAAACACAAGAUUGUAUGACAUGAAAUAUUAUUUAGAACAUUAGACAUUAGGAAUUUAUUUUGCAAAAAUGAAGGAAAAAAAACGAAAAAAAAAUAACUAAUUACCAACAAAGAAAGUCGAUUUGAGCGACCGCAAUUCCAUUCAUAGAAUGGACUUUGAAGUGCAAACACAUUAUAAAAAUCAGCAAUUUUCACUUUACUGUAAUUGAACGAAAUAAAAAACUAAUAAAAACAUACAAAGCAGUAGAGAGAAAUAAAAUGCCAGUUUCGAAUUUCAUAAACUGAGCUAAGUGAAACACACUUGAAAAAAAAAUAUACAAAGCACAAAAAUGCCUUGCGUUCUUUGUGCAUAUGUGUGUGGUGACUUAAAGUAAAUUAUUGCACACCCGUCGCAAUGACGAAAAGAAGCAAAAAAUAGUAAGAAUGGACCGGGACCGAAAAAGAACCACAUGUACCUAUCAACGAUAGAAACGUGCUCCCGAAUAAAUGAAGAAAUUGUCGUGCAAAAUAAAGCAAACAAGACAACAUGGAUACAUUUAACUACUUAAUUUACAAAAGAAAAUGUUAAUUGUAAUAUUGAAGGCAAACAAAUAUUCAUUGAUAAAAUUUAAUUAAAAUUAUUAUGAAAUGCAAAUAAAAACA